AUGAGACGUUGGACUCUCUUGGCGGCUAUAGCCCUGGCUGCAUCGGGGCUGGUAAACGGCGGUUUUCACGAGAAAAAGCUGCUAACCGACCUGCUGGAGACAUACAACGUGCUGGAGCGUCCGGUUGGCAAUGAGUCCGAGCCCCUCAUGUUGAGCUUUGGCCUUACACUAAUGCAAAUAAUCGACGUUGACGAGAAGAACCAAUUGCUCAUCACGAAUCUCUGGUUGAAACUGGAAUGGAAUGACGUGAACAUGAGAUGGAAUACGUCGGAUUACGGGGGAGUGAGAGACCUCAGGAUCCCACCGCACAGACUUUGGAAGCCUGACGUUCUCAUGUAUAACAGCGCGGACGAAGGGUUCGACGGCACUUACCCGACGAACGUCGUCGUGAAGAACAAUGGGACCUGCUUAUACGUACCGCCCGGCAUAUUCAAAAGCACUUGCAAGAUAGACAUUACCUGGUUUCCCUUUGAUGAUCAGCGCUGCGAGAUGAAAUUCGGCUCCUGGACGUACGACGGCUUUCAGUUGGACCUGCAACUGCAAGACGAGUCCGGUGGUGACAUCAGCAGUUUCAUCACUAACGGCGAGUGGGAUCUGUUAGGGGUACCUGGUAAAAGGAACGAAAUUUAUUACAAUUGCUGCCCAGAACCAUAUAUAGAUAUAACGUUCGUGGUGAUCAUCAGAAGGCGGACUCUUUACUAUUUCUUCAACCUGAUCGUGCCGUGUGUCCUGAUUGCCAGCAUGGCCGUUCUGGGAUUCACCUUGCCACCCGAUUCCGGCGAGAAGCUCUCUCUAGGGGUAACCAUUCUCUUGUCCCUCACUGUGUUCCUGAAUAUGGUGGCCGAGACAAUGCCAGCGACUUCGGACGCCGUGCCUCUGCUGGGAACAUACUUCAACUGUAUUAUGUUUAUGGUGGCCAGCAGUGUUGUCAGCACCAUUAUGAUUUUAAAUUAUCAUCACCGGAAUGCUGAUACUCAUGAAAUGUCUGAAUGGGUGAAAGUGCUAUUCCUUUAUUGGCUGCCUUUUAUACUACGUAUGUCACGACCAGGUGACAAAGAAGAGAGAGAGGCGCAAAAGUCUCAAAAACCGUCUCCAGUCACUGGCGGUAGCAAGAGUCACGACCUGGAGCUUCGUCAAAGGAGCAGCAAGUCCCUCCUAGCGAAUGUGCUGGACCUCGAUGACAAUGCACUGGCGUCUCGCAAUGACCUCUUGAACAACGUGUACAGUACCCCUGGCCCUCACCAUCACACGAUGGGCCAUGGGCACAGCCACAUACACACGACGCCCCAUCAUCAUCACAGCCAUGCUGCGACGCCGCAUCAUCAACACGCAACGCCAUUGGCACACUCCACUUAUCCGGGGACGAUUCAGAUCAGUCACACGCCGCAUCAUCAUCCACAUCCGGCUGAGACGUCAGGCCCCCAGGUCGAAACGAUACUUCAGAACGCGUGUUUCUGUGCCCGAAACGAGCUCAUUAUGAUCCUCAAAGAAAUUAAGAUAAUCACGGAUCAGAUGAAGAGCGAGGACAAGAACGCAAAAGUGAAGAACGACUGGAAGUUCGCGGCGAUGGUGGUAGACAGAGUGUGCCUAAUAAUUUUUACUCUGUUCACCAUCAUCGCAACCAUCACCGUCCUACUGUCGGCGCCACACAUCAUCGUCAAGUGAUUCAAAAAAGAUGAAAUAGCCGGCGUAAUGUUGGAGCUCGACGAGGAUCGUGUGCUGCGCAUCAGUGCGGACGGCGAGGAACGCGAACGUGCAGGAGCUGAACACGAUGACUACGACGACGACGACGACGACGACGAUGACGACGACAGUGACGAAGACUAUGACGACGACCUGGUCCACGCUUGGAUCCCGCGGACAACGUUCACAACGAUGUUUCUCCUACGCUUGGAUGUUCAGCUGAUCGGGAUCGAGCCCCAGAGUCGUGUUACGCCUCGUUUCGGGAGA